GUCCCGCCGCCGAGGGACGAUGGCGCGGCCCCGCGGCGGGCGGUGGCUGCUGGGUGUCCUGCUGGCCCUGUGCCGCCUCGCCGCGCCGCUCGCCAAGAGCCUGGAGCCGGUGUCGUGGAGCUCCGCGAACCCCAAGUUCAUGACUGGGAAGGGGCUGGUCAUCUACCCAGAGAUUGGGGAUAAACUGGACAUUAUCUGCCCCAAGGCGGAGCCGUCCAAGCCUUACGAGUACUACAAGCUGUACCUGGUGAGGAAGGAGCAGGCGGAUGCCUGCAGCACUGUCAUGGACCCCAACGUGCUGGUGACGUGCAACCGGCCCGAGCAGGAGAUCCGCUUCACCAUCAAGUUCCAGGAGUUCAGCCCCAACUACAUGGGCCUGGAAUUCAAGCGGCAGCAGGAUUACUUCAUCACAUCCACUUCCAAUGGCACGCUGGAUGGCCUGGAGAACCGGGAGGGAGGGGUCUGCCAGACACGCUCCAUGAAGAUUGUCAUGAAAGUGGGGCAGGAUCCAAAUGCAGUGAUCCCAGAGCAGCUGACGACGAGUCGGCCGAGCAAGGAGUCGGAUGACACCGUGAAGAUCGUCACACAGAGCCCACGCAGCAAGGUCCCGGCAGUGGAGGAGCCUGGUAAGCCAGGCCCCGUCAAUCAGGACGGCCAGGAGACCCAAGGUCCCAGCGAUGGCUUCCUGAGCUCCAAGGUGGCCGUGUUCGCCGCCAUCGGCGCUGGCUGCGUCAUCUUCAUCCUCAUCAUCAUCUUCCUCGUUGUGCUCCUGAUCAAGAUCCGCAAGCGGCACCGGAAGCACACGCAGCAGCGAGCCGCAGCCUUGUCCCUCAGCACCUUGGCCAGCCCCAAAUGCAGCGGGAACGCGGGCUCGGAGCCCAGCGACAUCAUCAUCCCCUUACGGACUACAGAGAACAACUACUGCCCGCACUACGAGAAGGUGAGCGGGGACUACGGGCACCCCGUCUACAUCGUACAGGAGAUGCCCCCGCAGAGCCCAGCCAACAUUUACUACAAGGUGUGAGGAGCAGCCUGGGAAGGGCCGAUGCAGCAGCGCGGGAGCGCCGGGCGCGGGGCUGGCGCCGCAGGGAGGAAGCGAAACGUCCCCACCCCGGCACGGUGCAGGCAGCGCCGGGAGCGGCGCCGGGGAGCGGAGGGCUCAACGCUCACGUGCUGAUUCUCCCCUUUGUAUUUAGUUUUGUAGUUCUCAGCUUUUGUAAUCCCGAGACUCUGAGGGUGAGCCUUCAGCCUCCUCCUCUUCUUCUCCAGACUGUGGCCGGCCGUGGGGGGGCGGGCGCCGUGCCUUUCCGUGCUCGGGACACCGCUGGCAAACCCGGAGACUCCACCUCCCCUUUGUGGUUUGGGAUUUCCCCGCGUCACCCCUCGGGCCCUGCAGGAAGUGCCCGCCAGCGCUGCAGGGUCCCGGAGCCUGGAGCGACGCCGGGGCCUCGGUCCCAGGAGCAGCGAGCGCACAGGGGGAUGAGGAGGAGGAGGAUGCUUUGCCAAGGUGCCAAGAUGCAGACAACUGUGCAGGGAGGAAGCUGGCAAACCCGAUUUACUACUACUACUAUUAUUAUUAUUAUAAUUAUUUUAAUUUUUUUGUAACAUUUUUAUUUUUGUGAAUUCCGGGCGGGACUCCGGCCCGCCACCUCCGGGCACACGCCGUCACCUCCUUCCAGCACAUCAUCCUGCCGGCCAUGGGGCAGAUCCCGUUCCCCCCACAGCCCCUGGAAACUUUUGUGUUCGUAGCUGUUGACUCUUGUUUUAGUCUCUUUAUAAAAAGAAAGAAAGAAAAAAAAAAAAAUUCUAUCUCCACCCUGUCUCAAGCAUUCAGUGCGUGAGGGGCUGGACACUGCUCCUGCCCCACGCAGAGCAGCUGUGGCCUGGCAGCUCUUCCCGACCCCUCUGGAGCAUCCCACUGUGGAAAAAAAGCCUUUGGCUUUCUAUCAGGCUGAGGCUGAGCCUGCUGGAAGCAAAGUAGGGGGUGGCAGGGGGAAGCUGCGGCCCCUCCCAAGCUGGCCAUACUGCAGGUGGUUGUCCUUGGAAAGGAAAACUGGAAAACAAAGGUUCCCUUGCAGCUUGUGCCGGGGGUUUCAGGAGGAGGCUGGUGCUUGGGACUGGAAGCCCCCAAGAGGCUGGAGCACCAGGCUUGGUUUGGUUGGAAGCUGAGCCAAAGGCUUUUCCAUCCUCCUGGUUUACCUGAAGAAUCCAGUGCCCCUCAGCAGGACCUGCUUUGGGGACCAGCCCCUGCUGUGCCUGUUCCUGCCCUGCUCCUGGUGCAGGAGCAUUCCCUGUCCUGCCACCUCCCAGGGGUCCCAAGCCCGGGCUCCCCUGCCCUUGCCUUGCCCAUCUCCUGCCCCAAACUGGAAGGGGUUGAGCCUGGCUGGUGGGAUCAUUCCAGGCUUCCUCUUCCUGGGAGGAGCCACCAGCCCCACGGCGGAUGUCAGUGAGCCCAGUGGGGCUGGCAGUGCCCUGUCACUGCCUGUGCUCGGGCUGUCCCCCCUUCCUCAUUUUCUUUUCCUUCCAGCAGUAGCUGCUUUUGCUCAGGGAGCAGGAGUGGGGCCGACAGGGCUGUUCCUGCCCGGGCUGUUCCCGCCUGUCCCCAGGGCCCCGAAUCCCGCGUUAGGAAGUGCCCAAAGAGCGAGGGAGCUGCUCUGCUAAAGUGCCUUGACAAGGAGCGGGCGGGGGCGGGGGCAGAGCAGGGACAGGGGACCAUGGACUGGGAGGAUCCGGUGACUUGGGGGGAUCCAGUGGCCCGGCUGCUGUGCUGGGGUUUGGCCCUGAGCGGGAUGGGAGCAUCCUGUGGUGUCACAUUGUUGGGUUCGUGGUUUAGGGCAGGAAUUUGGGCUGGAGCGGAGCGGGGUGUCCCAGCUCCCCUCCUGCCCUUGGCAUCCUGAGGUGGUUCUGAUUCCAGGGCCCAGACUGGCUGCUUCCCUCGGGAGAGAUGCACCCCAGCAGGUGCUCCCCCCACUUCCCCAUCCCAGCACUGCUUCCUCGUGUAGCACCUUCCAUCCCUCUCUCCUCUGUGGGAUCCACUGCCCAUCCUGGCCUGGGAGCCGCCCCCACCAGGACCCCCAUUCCCCGAUGGGGAAAUCCCAGAGAAUCGUGUCUUAAAAAAAUCCCCUUUCCCUCUUCCCCCUGCCAAACCUUAGCCUGUGUUUCCCGAAGUGGGCAGAGCCCUGGCUGGGUGGUGGUGGCAGUGGUGGUGGUGACAGUGACAGUGGAAUCUGUUAGGAAUAGUGACCGGAGUGCAAGGGGAAGUGAGGGGACGAUGUAGUUUUGGUUUGGUUUUGGUGGAGAAGGGACAGAGUCUGGCCACAGGUUGUACCAGAAUUGAUCUGACAGUGCUGGCGGCUUUUCAUGGUGGCCAUCCACAGCUGAGGUCUCCAUCAGUCCCACUCCUGCUGCUGGGAACAGCUGCAAAACCUUGUAAAUAUGUGAAGAAAUGGUGAAAUCAGAACUCAUGGUUUUUGCUGAGCACCUCGGGCUGCUGGGUCCUGGAUCAGAGUGUGUCCCUCGGGUUCUUUUCUUGGAAAGAAUUGAAAUUUGGUUGAUUUUUCCUUUUUUUUUUUUUUUUUUUUGGAUUUUUUUUGUUCCCCCCCUCCUUUUGUUUGUGUAAAUACUAGUCUUUUUUGGAAAAAAUAAUGUAAAGAUGUUUUGUAUAAACUCCGAAUUAUUUUCUGGUUGCUUUUUCUUAGAAAAACAAAUGAGAACUUAAAAAAA